GGACACAUAUUAUUACAUACACGAUCGCGCGAGUCAGACGACCCGUAUAUGAUAUACGCUCGUCCGUACAACAUAACAUCAUAUAAUAAUAAUAUUAUUGUCGACAUACUACCGCAGCGUGUCGUCGUCGUUAUCGGAAUUCGUCGUUCGGUUUUUGGUAUACAUUUGUUGUGAGACAAUUUUAGUGUUAUCCGUGUCCACAGAGAUUCGGAAACGGAACGCAGUCGCCCGGCCGAUUUGUCGUGACUGCUUCAGACGGCUCCGGUGCGCUAUCGUAUUGUGUUUCUCUACGCUUAGGUUUCUGGUCUCGAGAACGAUGUCCUUUACGACGGUAUCUUUGGAUUAGCAACCGGCCGUCCACAAUUUUCAGUGAUGCGGCAAUGUAGCUCUUCAUAUCGGAUGUCUGGUAUAGAUCGGCGAACAAACGUAGACAUACAAAUUUUGAGUGCUGCUAGUAAAGCGAUUGCGGAAAAAUGCUUUUGGAACGCAUGCAAAGCAUUAUCUUUUGGAUUGUUUCUGAUGGCUGUCGGAGCCAUAAUGGCCAUUAUUGGAUAUUACGCGGAACAACUUUCAUCAGAUGAUAUUGUCACGAAAACUGAUAGUGGAAAUUCGAGUACAUCCACACGAACAACAAAAACGACAAAAAAAACAUCUCAUAUAUAUAAAUUGUCAUAUGCUGGACCAAUUGUGAUGGGCGUUGGAGGGUUCAUCGUUGUGGCGGCGUGCGUGAUGACGUUCGAGGCGCGCGAUCGGGCGGCGAAGUUCAUGUCUAACCAAUUGAAAGUAAUGGGCGGUGGGGUCGGCGCUGGCGGUGCCGCGUCGGGCCAUCGCGGCCACGGCCGGCAGACGCCAUCGGCCGGUUACCUGUCCAGGGGCGACAGCGGCCGGAGCAGCUAUCAGAACCCGUGCGACGGCGGACGGCACAAGAUGAACAAGAGCCCGUCGGCGCCCAAUCUGGCGGCGGCCGCGGCGGCGUCGAACCGCGGACCGGGGGGCGCCGGACAGUCGGGCGCCGGCAGAUUGCCGCUGCGGCACAAGCACGCGGUGCACGUACUGUCGUCGACCGGCGGCCGAGCGCUGCUCAGCCCGCACACGUUGCGCCGGCAAGCCAUGUCGAUGGACACGCAGGACUACAACCCGCUGUUCUCGCCACCGCGUUCCCGUCACAGCAGUUCUGGCCUGUUGACGUAUAGCAACAGCAACUGCAGCAACAUCUUCGGCAAUUUCAACUGCAACGGCAACAAGCAAGGCGGCGACGGCAGCAGAGAGUCGGUCAACGACCCGAUGAGGACGUCUUCCAGGGGAUCGCGGGGCUCCAUGGUGCUGGAUCUGCACGUGCCCAACGAGUGUCCGGUGACGAUGCGGGUGCGGGACAGGAGCCGCCGGUCGGACACGGCCAAGCGGCACGUGCUGCGCCGGCAGACGCCCGUCGAGCUGGACGACACGAUAAUCGCGUACGCGACCACGGCCAUGGCGGCGGACCGGCAGCGGGCCAAGCGGUGCACCACGCGGUCGGCCACUUGUGACGUGCCGCACGCGAUCAAGUCGAAGCGCAGGCGGCAGGACUCGAGUUGCUCGGACGUGGUGGCGGCCCGCCGGAGGUCCGGUUCGCCGGUGUGCGGAGCCGGCGGCGGAUGGCGUUCGUCGGCCAACGACGUGGUCGACGCCGCCGAAUGGGCCAGGACCGCGAACCGCACCGCCGGCGGUUCGGCCGUGUCGUCGCCGCAACGGUCCGCCGACCGUCAGAUCGCCGGCGCGACACCGGCGCGACGACCGCAGUCUCCGUCGGCCGAUGUCGCGGACGGCAGCAAAAUGUCAUUGUCCCGGACGUGUUCCGACAUCAUGUCCAUCGACAAGUCGUUCGAAGAGUCCAACUACAGUAGUUCAUAGACGGACGAUUUGCUGUGCGCAUAAUGUGCGGCGUAAUCGAUUCGUAAGCGAUAUCGGUCUGCACACACGUAUAAUAUUAUUAUUAUUAUUAUUAUAGUGCCAUAUAAGAUAUUGUGUUAUAUUAUAGGUGACAUACGGCGACACUGCGAAUGUAUAUUAUAUUUUUAGGUUUGACGGUAUAUUCGAAUCGGAUACCGCGGUAUCGCGAUGUUAGAACCCGCGAUGUGUAUACCUAACCCACUGCGUCAGUCGGCAUAAUAUUAUAAUAAUAUGCAUAGUGUAAUACGGCGUUACCUACUUUUCGGUAUUGUACGGUAAGUCGGUUCUUCGCGGUACUGCGCGGUAUACCGUACAAGUGGUAUCCGAAUAAACCGGUUAUCCAGUUAUUAUGGUUGUUUUUAGUCGUUAGUUUUAUACCUAAGGUUUACCCGAAAAUCCUUCAACCCUAAAUGAAAAUGUAUACUUUCGCUGCUAUGUAAUAAUAUUAUACUUUGUCGCACACGCCGUCGUCGUGCUGCACGUCAUGAUAUUAUGUGUAAACCCCCAAGUACGCCGACUUACGCGUAUAUGUGUGUACUAUUAUAGCUGACAUUCGAUAUAAAUGAUUAUCGUUGCGUAGUGUUCAUUAUAUAAUUUUUUUUUUUGUCCAUAAUAUUAUCGUCGAGCCGUUCAAAACGAUUAUGUAGAGGUAUGUAGAGUCGCCAAACAUCGAUUUACUUACCGCGAGUGGUUCAUUUAACGUGGGUAAGACAUAACUUGAAAUGCUUCUAGGAUAUAAUAAUUUUUAAUAUUUUUUAUCGUUAUGGUUUUAUUAAAUUUUUCAAUCGACAAUAUCCGUUUUUAAUUUACCAUUCCAAAGUAGUAUAUUUUUUUAGAGUACUUCGCGGAGUAUAAAAAUCGAAUUUCAAACGAGUAUAGUUUAUUGGUUAUAAUCAAUUAUUUGUACAAGAUUUGAUGUCGACAGAUUUAAAUAUUCCGAAUAAUAUUUUGCUUCGGAAUUUACAGUUUAAAAACAUGUCGUUGUUCAAGAAAGUAAAAUACUCAAAAAAUGAUAGCAAUACACAAUAGUAUAAUGUAUAAUUUUUUUCUCCAAACAAAUGUCACGUAACGAUUCAGAUUAUAUAAAGAAAUAUUUCAGAAAUAACGAGUGUUCUACGUUGAAUGAAUCAACCGGUAUUAUAUAUAGGUUAGGUACUUGUUAUAAUUCAAAAGACGGGUAAUAUUAAUAUUAUAUUCACUACCGCGAGUUGAAGUUGCUUAAGAGUAAUUUUACUACAGUAUAAUAUAUCAGUAUAUUAUUGUUGCAAGUUUAAUGGAUUUACGAAAUAUUUGGUGUAUAUUAUAUCAGUGUAAAUAUAUAGUAUUUGGUUAAUUCAAACGGGGAAAAGUAUUUAAUUAGCGGCAUGUGUGCGUAUUACAGAUAUUAAUGGUUUCUUAAUUCAACUUCGAACCUCGUAUUACCGUGACGUGUCACUUGAUUCUAGGUUCUUGGAAUGCAUAAUGAAAUAAUAAAACCCCCAUAGAGUAAUAAAUAGCCCAAGAUAAAAAAAAUGUUUAGAGGUGUUUUCAUAUAGCCGUGAUAUAAUAGUUUAGCAGUAGCAUAGUGUAAGACGUAGGUACUGCCAAAUGUAGUAACAUGGAAUAGAGUGAAAAUGGGUGUGUUGUUUUGUAUGAUUAGGAUUAAAUAUAAAUGAUUUCCUUAAAGAUGCCGAUUUUUUAAAACUCUUUGAAACAAAUUAUAUAUUGGAAUUUUGUUUUAAACAAUUUUUAAUGAUAUUUAAUUAUCAACGUGUUAUCUAAACAUCGAUUUAUGAUAAUUAUUUAUUUGAAAUUCCAUAAAAAUAAUUUUAUAUCAUGUAGUGCAAAAAUGCACUAUCUUUUACUUAAUUUAGUUAUUAUAUAGGCACCUAUGUAGGGUUUCAGUUUUAUUACUCUUAAACUUUAUGUGUACUCAACGCAUAAUUGAUCAAAAUAUUUUAUUGUGCCAAUCAAUUUACUUGACAUUUUUCCAUUAAUAUUUCCAGGCAUGUAUAUUCUAUACCUUCAUAAUAUUUUGUGAUUUUUUUGACUGAGACGAGCAUUUAAUCUGAACUCAAUGCCUUGAAAAAUGUAAAGGAAAUCCUCAAUCUGUAUUUAAUUAUCGAUAUCAAUCAUCGAUGUUGUAUCUGAAUGAUAACAAUUAAUAAUGGAUUUUUUUUUAAAUAUAUUGUUAACGGUCUGUGUUUUCAAUGAUUAGUGAUAGAAACUUUAAUAAAAUACAAUGAAUCGGUAUUUUAUAUUUUAUUGGAGUUAUAAAGAAAAAUGAAGAUUUUAAAAAUAGUUUGAUUAACUACCAAAUUAAUUCCAAAUAGUAAGGUUAAGACGUAAGUGUUAUAGUAUUUUACUAAUCUAUUUAUCGUUCGAUACCAUGCAAUACCGUAGUGUAAUUAUGUUUUGAACCAUUUUAUAUGCAAUAGGUACAUAAUAAACAGGCAUAUAUAUUCGAAAUUUAUCUUUGAUCUGUUGAAUUAUUAUAUAAUUAUGUUAUUGAUCACGUGUAAAAUUGUUAUGCAUAAUGGAUUGGAACAGAUUCGACGACGGUGUUAAUAUAUACAUUUUCUGGGCAUCAAUCAAAUGGUAACGGUUAAAUUGGCUACGUCAUUAACAGUGAGGUAGAGAAACCCCAAUUUCAUACCGCCUGCAAAGGGAACGUGAAACUAUUUCAAACAUUUAUUACAUUCAGAUAAUCAGGUUACUGUCAUUUCUAUUCAAAUAUUUCUCUCGGGGGGAGGGGGGAACUCAACAUCUAAUGUCUCAAGGCUUUUGAAAUUCUGAUAAACGGCAUACGAAAAACUGUAACGUGAUUGUUCGUGAAUAAAAUCUCGUCGUAUAGUAAUAUUAUACUUAAAUCUCGUAUCGUAUACAAAUAAAAUGUAUUCUUAUUACUUAUUUCUAAUUUUUUUUUUAAUAAUAAAUGAAGACACGGAGUAACGAUAAAUUUAUUUCAUGAA